UCAACUAUGUUACAAAAAGUCCUGCAGUUAUAUAUUGACCCUCUAAAUGGUGUUUUUGUUUUUUUUUGUCCUGUUACAGUCUACAACCUGGCAGACAAGGCUAAGAUCCUUGAGGAGGGGGUGUCCAUAGCAGCCAGAUACAUCACGAGUGAAAACAUUCUUUGCACUCCAAAACCGAAGCGUGGCUCAGACCCGGCAACAGCGCCACCUAGUUACACGCCAACCGUCACCGCAGGCAAACAGGGCAUGAAAAGAAAAGCCGAGCCUCUGCCUCAGCCACCAGCCAAGAAGCUCACAGCUGACAAGCCACCGGUGUCUCGGCCCUCACUUUUCCAGCCGUCCACUCCCAGCACGUCUGCUUCACACUUCCUGACUCCAAAGGCCACAAAGAGACCUGCUUCUUCCUAUCUGGACACUUCACACAAGAAGCACAAAGCUUCUGAAACACCGACUGACGACAAAAAAACUACCGGCUCUGACAAACCCACCGCAAGUGUCUCGCCCAGUACGAGUCCGUCUCCCAGCGUCAACCCAAAAGUCCGACAGAGACCCGGCACUCCUGAGCUUGAGACACAGACGAAGAAACCCAAAUAUGACUCGAAUGUACCGGCCGAAGAGUUGCUUGACCAGUCUUACUGCUACAGCAAGUCUGUUCCAAAUGUGAAACGUGCCAUCAAACUGCAACUCCUCAGCAGGCGCAGCUGAUUGACCGCCGCUGACUGAAUGGCUGAAGAGAAAACUCCAAAUUCCAUCACCAGCCAUCUUUUAUUCUUCUCCUUCAUUUUUGUUAUUAUUAUUAUUUACUUGCUUAUUGUAUUUUGCUCAUGGCUGCUUCAUUUUAAACCAUUAUUGUUAUUCAUUGAGCUUUAUUAAAAUUCUUAGCAUUGCA